ACUGUCAAAGCAUUAUCAAAAGCAAAUACAACCCACCAAAACCUUUGAAAUUUGUUGUUUUUAUUGUUUCGAAAAUUAAGAUGUUUAAUGAAGAUUAGUGUUGUAAGAUUUUUAAACUAUAAUACGAAGAUGGCUUCAUCAGCGAAAAAGCUCAAACUGUCUGCGCCAACGACCACUGCCGAAGGCAAAAACAAUAAUAUCAGUGAUUUCAUGAACCAAAUACAAAAGAAGCGGGAAGGGACCGCUGAAUCGAUCUUAACAUUUAAUUUUAACAAAAAACGUGUGCGCAUAAUAUCACAGGAGCAGGAGGUUGCGGACGGCUGUGAAGGUAUAGUGUAUUGGAUGUCAAGAGACAGCAGGGUGCAAGACAACUGGGCUUUUCUGUUUGCACAGAAGUUGGCACUGAAGAAUGAAGUGCCGCUCCAUGUUUGCUUCUGCUUAAUAGCCAAAUAUUUAGAUGCCUCUGUUAGACAAUUCCAUUUUUUAAUUAAAGGUCUAGAAAAAGUAGCAGCGGAAUGCAAAAAGUUAAACAUAUCCUUCCACCUGCUGGAAGGGAGUGGAGCAGACGCGUUGCCGCAGUGGAUCAUAGACCACAAGAUAGGCGCCGUGGUGUGCGACUUCAACCCCCUCAGGGUUCCCAUGGGGUGGGUGGAAGGGGCCAAGAAGAAAUUUAAAAAGAAUAUACCAUUAAUACAGGUAGACGCACACAACAUAGUGCCGUGCUGGGUGGCGUCCGACAAGCAGGAGUACUCGGCGCGCACCAUCCGGAACAAGAUCAACUCCAAGUUGGACGAGUAUCUCACCGAGUUCCCUCCCGUCAUCAAACAUCCUCACACCAGUCAGUUUGAGCCAGAGCCCAUAGAUUGGGACGAGGCUAUAGAAUCCCGCGAGGCGGACAAGUCGGUGGGGCCGGUCACGUGGGCGGCGCCGGGCUACGACUGCGCCGCGCGGGUGGUGAAGAGCUUCCUCGACGUGCGCCUUAAGAUAUUCGCCACCAAGCGGAACGACCCCACGCUAGACGCACUGAGUAACCUCUCGCCGUGGUUCCAUUUUGGUCAAAUAUCAGUCCAGCGGGUGGCGCUAUGCGUGCAGCAGUACAAGAAGCAGUACACGGAGAGCGUGAACGCGUUCCUCGAGGAGGCCAUCGUGCGGCGCGAGCUGGCCGACAACUACUGCUUCUACUGCGAGCACUACGACAGCAUCCAGGGGGCCAGCGCCUGGGCGCAGAAGACGCUCGACAUCCACAGAAAAGACAAAAGAUCACACAUAUACACCCUGGAGCAGUUAUCCAAAGCGCAGACACACGACGACCUGUGGAACUCUGCGCAGAUACAGAUGGUGAAGGAGGGCAAGAUGCACGGCUUCCUGCGGAUGUACUGGUGCAAGAAGAUCCUGGAGUGGACGCCCAGCCCGGAGGACGCGCUGAAGUAUGCCAUCUAUCUGAACGAUCACUAUAGUGUUGAUGGGAGGGACCCUAAUGGAUAUGUUGGUUGCAUGUGGUCGAUCUGCGGCGUGCACGACCAGGGCUGGGCGGAGCGCGCCGUGUUCGGCAAGGUGCGCUACAUGAACUACGACGGCUGCAAGCGCAAGUUCAGCGUGCCCGCCUUCGUGGCGCGCUACGGCGGCAAGGCGCACAAGUACGCGGCACAGUGAUACCGGUGUAGCUAGUAGCUUUCGUUAAAAAAAAAAAGUUAAACUUCUCUACGAACGAUUAACUUGGGGAAUAAGAUGGAUGCGUUAAGAAAUGUGUAAUGUAAUAUCGAAUAUACUGUUAAGUUUUAAAAGCGCCAUCUGUAGUACCACUGCUAAACUAUGAAACAACACAAUUAAUCCCAGCGCUGAGUUUUACACAUAUUGCUAAUUAAUAAACUAUGGUAACACACAGUCAAUAAAGUAUGGUAACACAUAAAUGUGUUAUAUGAACUAGAACGGUUGCAAGCGUAAGUUCAGCGUGGCAGCAAGGCGCACAAGUACGCGGCAUAGUGAUACCGGUGUAGCUAGUACCUUUAGUUGAAGUUAAACUUCUCUACGAACGAUUGAGUAAGUUGGACGCGUUAAGAAAAGUGUAAUCGAAUGUCGAACAUACUGUUAAGUUUUAAAAGCGCCAUCUGUAGUAACACUGCUAAACUAUGAAACAACACAAUUAAUCCCAGCGUUUAAACCGACACACAUAUUGCUAAUCAAUACAGUACGGUAACACAUAAAUGUCUCUACGAACUAUUGACUUGGGGAGUAAGUUGGAUGUGUUUAGAAAAGUGUAAUCGAAACAUACUGUUAAGUUUUAAAAGCGCCAUCUGUAGUACCACUGCAAAAUUUCGAAACAACACAAUUAAUCUCAGCGUUUAAACCGACACACAUAUUGCUAAUCAAUACAGUACGGUAACACAUAAAUGUCUCUACGAACUAUUGACUUGGGGAGUAAGUUGGAUGCGUUAACAAAAUAAUCGAAACAUACUGUUAAGUUUUAAACGCGCCAUCUGUAGUACCAUUGCUAAAUUACGAAACAUCACAAACAAUCCCAGCGCUGAAUUUUACACAUAUUGCUAAUCAAUAAACUAUGGUAGCCUCAGGCCAAUUAUUGUAUAUGACUCGCCUCGCUAGACAUUAUUUUUCUGUCAAAGUAUAUGAUCAAUGAUCUAAUGCGAUUAUAAAGACUGUCUCUAUAGUAUCGAUGUUUCAUAGUUGUUAUCGUGUUCGUCGGUUAAAGAGCUCCGUAAAAAUACCUUUUUUUGUAGUAGAAUGGUGUUAAAAACGGGCAAAAACUUCUAGUUUAAUUUAUGAUAUAUACCAUAUUUACGAUCGUUUUCCUCAGAAAAUGGCGUGACUACGUACGAGACUGGUUCUUCUAUAAUUGGUCUGAGAUCGUCGAGGCCUGCACACUUAAGAUUUGAAUCUAAAUAGAUUAUAAACAAUAUUUUAGAAACUGCUAGAAUCUCAUUGUAUUUCAUAAUAUAUUUUUAAAUCACUGAAAUCUAUGAAAAUGCUUGGAUUUUAUUUUUAAAUUUAUAUUGAUUGUCUCAAUAGUUUUUACUAGAUUUAUAGAAUUUGCUGAUAGCUUAUAAGUUUUAAUUAGUACCUAAUGUAGAAUUACAGUUAUUUACGUAUGUUUGUUAAGUACAUUUGUUUUAAAGAAUUUCAUAUUUCGACAUUUUCACAAGUCGAGUCCAAUGUCCAUUUUACUUUGUGUGUUGUGUUAUUAGUGUUAAAUCUUUUUAAUUUAAAAUUUGUGUUACUUAUGUUAGAAAAGCACGUUUUCUAGGAAUUAUUUCAGAGUCAGUUGACGUUUUAGUAUUUCUUUUCUUAUUGAAUACAGUGUGCCUAGCAGUGUCGUGCCCAAGGUUGUCGAUCAGGGUAUGCACUAGUAAGAAAAAUUAACCAAACUGGGAAAAUCUGCAUUUAAAAGUAUUAAGAAAAUAUCUUUUAGUACUUUAAUGUGGGCACUAGUGCAUGCCACUGGUGCCUAGUGGGAUUUUUCAAUAUUUUCAUACUGUUACUAUCGUGUUGACGUAAACGCGAAUUUAUAUGGAAUUGAAACAGUUGUGCAGUAUUGUCACGAGAUGGCACUGUUUAAAUUCCUUAGAAAUUAGCGUUUACGUUAACGCGAUAGUAACAGUAUCAAACUGCCACUAGGCCUUCAGACUUUGUCAAUCUUUGUUAGUCUGUUGUCUCUGGUACAGCUAAACCAAUUUUAAUGGGACUUUCACUGAAGAAUAGAAGAGGUUAUUGAGCAGCAUAUAGGCUACCUACUGUUAUCAUAUAUAUAAACAGUAAUAAAAUAAAAAUACUGUAUCGUGAUGAUGUACUCAAUAAGAAAAGAAACAAAAAUACCUGUUAUGUUGUAUGUAAGUAAGGAUUAAAUUAUUUAAUUUAAUCCUUACAAAAAUUUGUAAACAAUUCGCACGAGCGAAUUGUUUACAAAUUUUUAUUUGUUGAAUUUUCAUCGCGUUAGUAGACUUGACGGUUUGUAAUUACAUUCGUGUAUAUUGUAACAGCAAUCGUUAAGUGCGUUUCUCUAGCAUCUUGUAAAUUUUUUACUUAAAAAAACUCUGGAGUUUUUUUUGCAAAUUUUGUAACCUAUUUUUAAGUGUUGUCAAAAAUAUAAGUCGUCAAGCGAAAUAUCAAAACGUGAUUAAUUUUUUUUUUCAGUAGUGAUUUCAAGUGUUUUAAUUUACAGAAAUAUCGAAUUUUUGGUAUUUCAAAAUUAUUAGAGUUAGUUUAAUUUUUUUUUAGCCGUAGCAGUACUUACUUACCUAUUAUGUCCUAAAACGUUUACGUUAAAUUCGCCUUACUGAACUGUUUUUCUUAUAAAUAACAUUGUGAAGUGAUAGUAUUUCACAACAGAAUAUUAAUUUGAAUAACUUUGUAAAGUGAUAGUUAUUCACAAGAGAAUAUUUUUUUGAAUAUGAUGUUGUGAAAAUAAUUUGUAACAUUUUUUAAAGAACAACAUCGAUUGAUCUACCUCAUUUGAAACUCCAAUAAAUUUUUUUCAGUA